AUGCAAUUCCCGGUCAUCCAUAAUCAGUCACCUCAAACAAGGCCGCCACUGCAGUAUUCGCCACAACCUGAACAAGAAAAACGAAGGCAAAAAUCAUCGUCGCCACAUUCACAACGACGAAAAUCGGAAAUCAAUAGAAACAAAUCGGAGGUUCAAAGGGAAAAAGAAAAUCUUGAGGAUUUGAUGAGAAAAUUCGGAUCCCAAGCAAGAACAUUGGAUGAAAUGGAUAACGAGUCAGACAAGAUUAAACGAAGCAUCGAGAUUCUCGCCUCACAAAUGAAAGCAAAGUUUACUAAAAAGCAUACUCACAUUACUACUGUUACCAUUUCAACUCGUGCUUCAACUUCUGAAAGUUAUUUAUCAAAGUUUGAAUUGGAAUUUCAUCUUACUACUCGUUCUUGGUUUCGAGUUGAGCAUCAUUGUUCUCAUCUGGGGUCGUACAAACAUCUAAUUUACGAAUACACAAAAUAUAGACUUCGCAAGUCAUAUUACAAUUCAGCAUACGGCGAUCCGUACGAAGCAGUAAUUCACGGGACAUUCGGUGCUGAACCAUCAUCGACGUGGUCCACCGUAUUCUCGGGUGCAGUCACGAUAAUACAAGAUUUUUUUGGUGAAGUGAUGAAUGGUGGUCGAGGAUUCGGAAGUCAUAGCUACAGUGGCCACGUACCGAUAUAA